AUGCUCAAGUACUUUAAUGGCGUUGCGAGAAUCGCGUCAAGCCACCUGUGUCCAAGAUUUUCCAUGAUAAUCUUCUUUUUCAUCAGCAUUCCACUCUCUCAAAGCUUCGACCUCCCCUCCGCUUCCAUCUUCCUCUUCCUCUCAUCCCACUCCCAAUACUCCCCCCUAAACCUCGUCCUCUCCCACUCCUCAUACAACCUCCUCUUCUCCUCCUCACUCCCCGCCCUACACAUCCUCCCCCACACCUCCAAUUGCUCUUUAAACCCCGGAUUCGGAUCACACACCGGCCGCCCCUCACACAACCACUCCAACGCCUCCUCCACCCCGACCCCAAACUUCCAUAUCAAAUACGCAACCACCAGCGUCGCACUCCUCGACUUACCCAUCGCACAAUGCACAAACACCCCACCCGUCUCCCCUUCCCUCUCCCCCCCGGUAGGCACAGAACCCAGCGCAGACUCAAUAUACCGCACCCCGGCGUCAAAGUGCUGCAGCGAUCAGCUCGGUUUGAUAGAGGGCGUAGAGGCCGCCGAUGUAGAGGCGGCCGGUGCGUGGGACAAGGUCGACCCAGCCCAUUGCUGUGUGGGCGCUGCUGCCGUGGAGGAGGUAGGACAUGCAAAUUUCAUGUGA